AUGGUGACCAGUAUAUGUUGUGAAAAACAUGUUGUGCACCCGUCUUUCCUCCACAAACCCACUCAUCCCACCCCGGCCUCUGUGUCCUCCCUGCGGCUUCGUGCAGUGCUCCAUGCCCGGGGUCUUCCUCCAGCUGUGAGGUCUGGUCUGGACGGUCCACAGACAGUCCCGAACCAUAACGCAGGCCGCCAUGUUUCCCGUGUGGGGGGCCUGAUUUUUGGGCGUUGGGAAAGCAACCAGGACGUAGAACCAGACGCGUGGUUUGACAGGGUUAUACUAUGGGCUGUGUCAAAAGCAAAGAGGAUAAAGGCCCAGACAAGUACCCAGCAGAGUCAGCCCCCCACAUCCGGCCCUGGGAACUUCAACCACAUCACUCCUUUCGGGGGCUCCUCGGCGGCCAUCACUCCCUUCGGCGGAGCUUCUUUCUCUGGGCCUGUGUCCAACUCCUUCUCAGGGGCAGUAUCCGGCGGCGUUACGUUCUUCGUGGCCUUGUACGACUACGAAGCCCGGACAUCAGAUGAUCUAUCGUUCAAGAAAGGAGACCGGUUUCAGAUAAUCAACAACACAGAAGGAGACUGGUGGGAGGCGCGCUCCAUCAACUCCGGGAAGAAAGGCUACAUCCCCAGCAAUUAUGUGGCUCCCGCUGACUCCAUCCAGGCUGAAGAGUGGUAUUUUGGCAAAAUGGGGCGGAAGGAUGCAGAGAGGUUGCUGCUGGUCUCCGGAAAUCACAGAGGAACCUUUUUGGUACGAGAAAGCGAAACGACAAAAGGCGCGUUCUCUCUCUCCAUUCGAGACUGGGAUGACGCCAAAGGAGAUAACGUGAAGCACUACAAGAUCCGUAAGCUGGACAGUGGGGGGUACUACAUCACAACCAGGGCGCAGUUUGACACGCUACAGAAGCUUGUCAAGCACUACACAGACCACGCAGACGGCCUGUGCCACAAGCUGACCACGGUUUGCCCCACGGUUAAACCCCAAACGCAGGGACUGGCCAAGGACGCCUGGGAGAUUCCCCGGGAGUCCUUACGCCUGGAGCUCAAACUGGGACAGGGCUGCUUCGGAGAGGUCUGGAUGGGAACGUGGAACGGUACCACAAAGGUCGCCAUAAAAACACUCAAAACGGGAACUAUGUCGCCCGAAGCCUUUCUCCAAGAAGCUCAGAUCAUGAAGAAACUCCGGCACGACAAACUGGUGCCUCUUUACGCGGUGGUGUCUGAGGAACCCAUCUACAUCGUCACAGAAUACAUGGCUAAAGGAAGUUUGCUGGACUUCGUGAAAGAGGGUGACGGAAAAUUCCUCAAGCUCCCACUGCUGGUGGACAUGGCUGCACAGAUUGCAGAUGGCAUGGCUUUUAUAGAGAGGAUGAACUACAUUCACAGGGACCUCCGAGCUGCCAACAUUCUUGUGGGUGAAAAUCUGGUGUGCAAGAUCGCCGACUUCGGCCUGGCCAGGUUGAUAGAGGACAAUGAGUACACGGCCCGACAGGGGGCAAAGUUUCCUAUUAAAUGGACCGCUCCAGAGGCUGCUCUGUAUGGACGCUUCACUAUUAAGUCUGACGUCUGGUCCUUCGGCAUCUUACUCACCGAGCUUGUGACCAAAGGCAGAGUGCCCUACCCAGGGAUGGUGAACCGGGAGGUGCUGGAGCAGGUGGAGAGGGGGUACCGCAUGCCGUGUCCCCAGGGCUGCCCCGAGUCUCUGCAUGAGAUGAUGAAGGUCUGCUGGAAGAAAGAGCCCGACGAGAGGCCCACCUUCGAGUACAUUCAGUCCUUUUUGGAGGAUUACUUCACAGCCACAGAGCCACAGUACCAGCCAGGGGAAAACCUAUAA